AUGUGUGGGGCCACAAUUGCAUAUCUGCUGGAACAAAACCACUCGACUAGCACCUGGACUCUCUGCACGGGCGUGAUGGGCGACUUUGGCAUGCGUGCGGCCCCAGCCUUCACCCAGGGCGCGCUCUACUCCCUGGCCAAUGUGGCCUGUCGCGACAGCGAAGAGACGAAUGUGCGCUUCAACGAGAUUUAUAUCGCCUUGCGUGUAGAAGUGGACGAGUCAGCUCAGAGAACGGGGUUUUUCAAGGCGUCAGCUUUUGACAACACGUUUCAGGAGAUCCUCACUCGGCCGGAGAUCCAAAGUAGUCGGAUAAGCGUUAUGGAAAAGAGGGAUAUGACGGAGCUCAAGUUCCAGGAGAAGAAAUUGGAAUUGGUGUUCCGGAAGGACGAUUAG